CUAUUCCUCUGACUUGUGAACAGAGCGCUCUUACUUCUCUUUCUUCUUCGUGUUCGCUUCUCUUCUCUUCUCUUCUCUCUCUUUUGUUGUACGUUCCCUAACCUGGUUUACUAGUAAUACGAUUGAAAUCUCCUCCCUCUCCGUUCACCGGAAAUUUCAUAAGCUGAGAUUCUCCGACAUCAGAAGAAUCUCCUCCUCCCUUCAGAUUUUUACAAUGUCUGGCUUGCUCGAUGGAAUCCCUGACGCAGUUGCUCUGAGAUGUCUAGCGCAUGUGCCUUUACACCAUCAUCCCAAUUUAGAACUCGUCUCUCGCUCGUGGCGAGCAGCGAUUCGAAGCCACGAGCUUUUUAAAGUCCGCAAAGAGGUCCAAUCACUUGAGCAUCUCCUCUGCGUAUGUGCUUUCGAUCCUGAGAACAUUUGGCAAGUCUACAGUCCUUACUCCGAUCGCUGGCUAACUCUCCCUCUCCUUCCAUCAAGAAUCCGCCACCUUGCUCAUUUUGGUGCUGUCACCACUGCCGGAUUGCUCUUUGUCUUAGGUGGUGGUAGUGACGCUGUUGAUCCCCUUACCGGGGAUCAUGACGGUACCUUUGCAACCGAUGAGGUCUGGUCUUACGACUUUAUACAGAGACGAUGGACUCCUCGCGCAUCAAUGCUUGUCCCCCGUGCUAUGUUUGCCUGUUGUGUUCUUGACGGCAAGAUUGUUGUUGCUGGUGGAUUUACUACUUGUAGGAAAUCUAUAUCUGGUGUUGAGAUGUAUGAUCCUGAUAUUGACGUCUGGACAUCUAUACCGGAUCUCCACAGGACACACAACUCGGCCUGCUCGGGUUUAGUGCUGGAUGGGAAAGUUCAUGUUUUGCACAAGGGCUUAUCGACAGUGCAGGUUCUUGAGAGUGUUAAACUCGGAUGGGAUGUCAAAGACUUUGGCUGGCCUCAAGGCCCAAUGGCGGUUGUUGAGGACGUGCUUUACGUGAUGAGCCAAGGGCUGGUGUUCAAGCAAGAAGGUGAGACGUGGAAGAUGAUUGCGUCGGCCUCUGAGUUUAAGCGGAGGAUUGGAAUGGCGCUGACGAGUUUGAGUGAGGAGGUACUGAUCGUAGGAGGGGUGAUUGGACCUGAUAGGCUCAAUUGGGAUAUCAAGCCCUUGUCAGACGUAGAUGUUUUGAACGUUGGGAGUGAUCGUCCGGCGUGGCGGAAGGUGGCUCCGAUGACAAGGUGUCGCGGGACGAUCCUUGGCUGCACGCAGUUGACAAUCUGAUUGGGAAUGCUUUUCAAAAUUACCUCUUAUUCGGUUUUGUAUGUCUUUAAAUUUCGUCAUGUUUGUAAAAUGGUACUCACAAAUUACAACAUUGAUGACUUCUUUCAUGUUUAUGUGAUAAAUUGGAAUGCUUUUGGUUCAUUU